AUGAAAAGUAUAACAGAAAAUGGUUAUAAUUCGUACGGGAAAAAGCAGACGUUGGGGUAUCGAUCAUUCGUGAAACGUUUGAAGAGAUCGUUGCGUGUUUAUUGUGAAAAUUCAGGAUUGCACGGAUUUCGUUAUAUCGUGACGAGCAAAACGUGUUUGGACAGAAUAGCGUGGUUCACGAUUUGUAUGUCGUCCAUCGCUUUUUGCGUGAUUCUGAUGUUACGUUUGUGGACACAGUUUUCGAACAAUCCCACGAUGACGAUCAUCGACACGUCGAAUCCUAUAAAAGAUUUACAGUUCCCAGGCAUCACCAUAUGCAACAACAACAAAGUUUACAAACCGCACGCCGACGUGAUUGCGCAGAAAUUGUUGAUGAAUGGAUUCGACACUGACAUGAGCAAUAGGCUGUUCUUUUCCUUAAUGAAAUUGAUAAGGCCGGAUAAAAUUGAAAUCGAUAACACAACGGCAUCGUCGGCCCUUGACACGCUCGGUUACACGGUCGAAAAACUCAUGCUCGAGCUAAUGCAACCUUGCAGCUUGCUGCUGGUGAGAUGCGCCUGGCUCGGUCAGAUCCACGAUUGCAAUAAGAUUUUCAAAACCGUCAAGUCCAACGAAGGCUUUUGUUGCGGCUUCAAUUAUCACUUCGGUCCUCUCAGAAACUUCGAGAAACAGUAUUUGCAAUCGACGAACGUAACCGAGAAACAUGUCCAGUCACACGAUUCUUCCGAACCUCUACCAGGUGUCGGGCACAUUCUGGACGUGCCAGGAACUGGUCGCGAUAUCGGUUUAUCAAUAGCGUUGAAUAUCGACGGUAAAAACUAUAAAAGCUCGGUGAGACAGUUCGUGGGUGCCACGGUGCUGACACACGAUCCGAUAGAUUAUCCGGAUGUCGGUGCACAACCCUCCACUCUGCUACCCGGCCAUGCAUUGUCGAUGACACUCGCUGGAACUAGAAUCGAAAGCUCCGAGGCUAUUCGCAACAUACCUCUGCGAAAGAGGAUGUGUUUGUUCGACGGUGAGCAACACGGCGAACGCAAGUACAGUUACCAAACGUGCAUCUCGAAGUGCAUACAUCAGAAUUCGUAUGGGUACUGCGGGUGUUUGCCAUUUUUCUAUCCGGACGAUCAUCCAAAUGUCCGCACCUGUUACUUGACAGACGUGGAUUGCAUUCUGGCUCGCAGAAGGAACCUAUCUCGUAUCAAAUUAUCGCACAUUAACGACUGCAACUGCCUUCCGCAAUGCAACGACCAAUCCUACGAAGUAAUCAGCGAAUCGACACAAAUAGGAGACAUAGAGUUCGACUCCGAAAUAACACACGGUUUAAAUGCAAAGACUACCUCGUUCCUCUACGUGUACUUCCGGGAUGGCACGUACCUCGACUACCGCAAGGAUACCAUCAUGGGCUGGGACGGUCUACUCGCCUCUUUCGGGGGAAUCUUUGGGCUCUGUCUGGGUGGAUCAGUGAUAUCCUUUAUCGAGUUUAUUUACUAUCUUCUCAACGAACUCCUCGCUGUUCGCAAGAAGAGACUGGAGACAAAGAACCACCGUUUGCCACCAGCUUCCAAGUUAUUUGUCUCCGCGGCUACGAGUAAGGUUUCGACGAAGAAACGCGAGUUUCACGCUUGGAACGAGCAGCUUUGCCGGCAAAGUCAGCGAUUAGAGAAGUCGAUUGCAUUGGGAUCUUUCCAUUUUAUUUGUAGAAAAUCACAGACCAGCGUGAUCUUGUUAUUAAUCAAAGAAUUAAAAACUUGA